AAUGAGGUUAAAGUUUUUGAAUUAGUCCAUGUUUACAUAUGAACAGCAACACCAUCCAUAGUAAAUGUGUCUUCUGUUAGGGUGUGAAGCCAGGACCUAUCAACUCUAUGAUCUUCACUAAGCUGGUACCAAAUAGGAUGGCCCAGACUGGAGUACGGAGUGGCUUCUACAGAGGCAUGGUGGGUCCGUUACCAGAUCCCUGCUUGUUCAGAAUAACGGAGGCAUAUGCAAAAUUUAAUAUUGAGGACAGGCCACUUGUGACCACAAUGAACAUGAGACCUGACAAGCCCCUUGUGGAAAGUGCUUUUGGGCUGGUGCAGGAGGGCAGUGUUCUGUCAUAUCAGCAGCCGGUUUUAACAACCCGGUACAUCACACUACACCGUGAUGCACCACCAACACCGCACUUGCCUCUGGAGGGGUAUGAGAUCUUGCCAUCAGAUUGUGUGUUUGUGUGUUCAGAAGAAGAGCUUCUGCAUCUGAAAAGCUUGUCUGUAACUCUGGAAAUGGCUCACAAAAUAGAGGAAGCUACACGUGAGCAAAGCUCUUCGUCUGAGUGGCAUCAGCUCCGCAGGCCCAGAGUGACUGCCUCUAAGUUUCAGGAGGUGUGUCACGUCAGAGGCCAGAGCUCGCCAGAGUCACUAGCAGAGCGUAUAUUGAAGGGAACAAGGCAGACAGCAGACAUGAGGAGAGGAACUGAGAUGGAGCCUGCAAUAGCAGCAGAGUAUAGUAGGCUAAUGAAUGUUAACUACUCACCCUGUGGUCUGGUCAUUCACCCCAUUGCCCCCUGGCUUGCUGCAUCUCCUGAUGGUGUUGUUUUUGACCCCAAUGAAUACCCCCAGUUUGGCCUUGUCGAAUUCAAAUGUCCCAGUGUACAAAACUUUAUUGACUGCAAAUAUGUGCAAAUGGAAUGUGGUACCCCUAAAGUAAAAAAGAGCCACGCAUAUUACUGGCAAGUGCAAGGACAACUGCUCAUCAGUGGGAUGCAGUGGUGUGACUUUGUUGUGUGGGCACAAGAGGACUACCUAGUGCAAAGAAUAUACAUGGAUACAGAUGUGCACAAUGCAAUCAGAGAAAAGGCUGACUACUUCUUUUUUUACAUAUAUAUGCCAAGAUACCGGUGUUUGGAAAAAUGAACAGUGAAAACAUAGCAAAAAGGAAAACAGAUCCUUCA